AUGGCCUCUGCCCAGGACUCCAGGUAUGGCCAGAAGGACACCUCGGACCAGAACUUUGAUUACAUGUUCAAAUUGCUCAUCAUUGGGAACAGCAGUGUGGGGAAAACUUCUUUCCUCUUCCGUUAUGCAGAUGAUUCCUUCACAUCUGCAUUCGUCAGCACUGUUGGCAUUGACUUCAAAGUAAAAACCGUCUUCAAAAAUGAAAAGAGAAUCAAGCUUCAGAUAUGGGACACAGCAGGUCAAGAGAGAUAUAGGACAAUUACUACAGCUUAUUAUCGGGGUGCCAUGGGCUUUAUUCUAAUGUAUGACAUCACCAAUGAAGAAUCCUUCAAUGCUGUGCAAGAUUGGUCAACUCAAAUCAAAACGUACUCUUGGGAUAAUGCCCAGGUUAUCUUGGUUGGGAACAAAUGUGACAUGGAAGAUGAGCGCGUCAUCUCAACAGAGAGAGGCAAACAUUUAGGAGAGCAGCUAGGGUUUGAAUUUUUUGAAACAAGUGCCAAGGACAACAUAAACGUCAAGCAGACAUUUGAGCGCCUCGUAGAUAUCAUCUGUGACAAAAUGUCAGAAAGUUUGGAGACAGAUCCUGCCAUCGCUGCCGGGAAGCAGAAUACAAGACUCAAAGAGUCCCCACCACCACAGCAGCCCAACUGCGGCUGUUAG